CCUCACUUUCCUCUCUUACUAGUUCACUCUCACCCAACCUCUAACCUUCCUCUCUCUCGAAUCAACAACCUCUUUUCCUUUGUUCUCUGAUCGAUCAUGUCUAACUUCAAGAGCAAGUACCAUGAUGAGCUCAUUGCCAAUGCUGCCUACAUUGGCACCCCCGGAAAGGGUAUUCUUGCUGCUGAUGAGUCAACAGGAACCAUUGGUAAACGUCUAUCCAGCAUCAAUGUUGAGAAUGUUGAAUCCAACAGGCGUGCUCUUCGGGAGCUCCUUUUCACCACCCCUGGAGCUCUUCAGUAUCUCAGUGGAGUGAUCCUCUUUGAGGAAACCCUGUACCAGAGCACAGCUGCAGGCAAGCCCUUUGUGGAUGUCUUGAAGGAAGGUGGUGUGCUUCCUGGUAUCAAGGUUGACAAAGGCACAGUUGAACUUGCUGGGACUGAUGGAGAAACCACCACUCAGGGUCUAGAUGGCCUUGCUCAGCGCUGCCAGAAGUACUAUGAAGCUGGAGCACGCUUUGCCAAAUGGCGUGCUGUGCUGAAAAUUGGCCCCAACGAGCCAUCUGAGCUUGCUAUCCAUGAGAAUGCCUAUGGAUUGGCUCGAUAUGCUGUCAUAUGCCAGGAGAAUGGGCUGGUUCCUAUUGUUGAGCCUGAGAUCCUGGUUGAUGGACCUCAUGACAUUCACAAGUGUGCUGAUGUGACAGAGCGUGUCCUUGCAGCAUGUUACAAAGCUUUGAAUGAUCACCAUGUCCUUCUUGAGGGUACUCUGUUGAAGCCAAACAUGGUGACCCCAGGAUCUGAUUCUCCAAAGGUUGCCCCUGAGGUUGUCGCUGAGCACACUGUUAGAGCUCUUCAGAGAACUGUUCCUGCUGCAGUUCCUGCUGUGGUUUUCUUGUCUGGUGGCCAGAGUGAGGAGCAGGCUACCCUCAACCUCAAUGCCUUAAACCAGGUCAAGGGAAAGAAGCCAUGGUCUCUUUCUUUCUCUUUUGGAAGGGCACUUCAACAGAGCACUCUCAAGGCAUGGUCUGGAAAGGAAGAAAAUGUGAAGAAGGCUCAAGAAGCCUUUCUGACAAGGGCCAAGGCAAAUUCAGAGGCAACUCUGGGAACUUACAAGGGUAAUGCCCAACUUGGUGAGGGUGCCGCAGAGAGCCUCCAUGUUAAGGACUACAAAUACUGAUCGAGGUUACUGUUAUCUUAGAGACUAGUGGAUAUGAAUUGUUAUUAAGGGUUCUGAGGGUUAAUGGAAUUUCGGUUCAUGAGUGUUGUGGUUGGACUUGUGACAGAAUAAUCGCUUUAAGUUUUGCUUUUUUGUUUUUCCCGUUAUCUUUCGGUCAUUUGAGUUCUUCUAGUAUAUUGGUCAAACCCGUGCUGAAGGCAGGGUGAUAUAACUGUGUUUUAAGUUUGGUUCUUAAAAGACACUAUUCUGAGUGAGGGUUUGAGUUUAUAUUGCAAUUAUUGGGCUUUGUUUUCACAGUUA